GGCCAUCAGGCUGAUCCUCUCCCCGCCCGGCCUGCUCUCGACCCGCGCGCUCCUCUGGGCCAUGGAGCCGGCCCCCGACGCCCAGGAGGCGCGCACUGUGCGCGAGGCGCUGGGCCGCUACGAGGCGGCGCUGGAGGGAGCGGUGCGCGCGCUGCACGAGGACAUGCAGGGGCUGCAGCGCGGCGUGGAGCGGCGGGUGGCAGAGGCGGUGCGCCUGGCCGGGCCCCUGGCGCGCACGGUGGCCGACCUGCAGCGGGACAACCAGCGGCUGCAGGCGCAGCUCGAGCGCCUGACGCGCCAGGUGGAUGCGCUGGGCUUGGCCAGCGGGAUGUCCCCGGCGCCCGGCACUCCCUGCACGCCCAGCCCCCCGCCCGCGCCCGGGGUUCCCGACCGCGCGCCCCGCCUGGGCAGCGCACGCUUCGCCAGCCACGCCACCUUCUCACUGUCCGGCCGCGGCCAGAGUUUGGAUCAUGACGAGGCCAGCGAGUGGGAGAUGAGAAAGACCUCAAGCUCGUGCAUCAUGGAAAAUGGGCACCAGCCGGGGGCAGGUCCAGGCGACGGAUCCCCCGAGGUCGCCCAAACCUUCUCGGCACCAGAUCCCCCCAGGCCUCGCCCUGUGAGCCUCUCCUUGCGGCUGCCCCACCAGCCAGUCACGGCUGUCACCCGAGUCUCCGACAGGUUCUCUGGGGAGACUUCAGCAGCGGCUCCGUCACCUACGUCUGCUGCCACCCUGGGAGGCCUCAACCCAAGCCCCAGUGAGGCCACCACGCCCUGGACUCCCAGUCCUGGCGAGAAUAAUUCCUCCUUCACGCGGUCUGUGUCGAGCUCUGGCUACGGGGCAGUGACAGCAAGCAAACACAGCAACAGCCCACCGCUGGUGACACCACCCCAGUCGCCCGUGUCCCCGCAGCCGCCAGCCACAACUCAGGUCCAUCGGCAGGGGGAGCGUCGCAGAGAGCUGGUGAGGUCGCAGACGCUGCCCCGCACCUCGGGGGCGCAGGCCCGGAAGGCAUUAUUUGAGAAGUGGGAGCAGGAAACAGCGGCGGGCAAGGGGAAAGGCGAGGCCCGGGCCAGGCUGAAGCGGUCGCAGAGCUUCGGUGUGGCCAGCGCCAGCAGCAUCAAGCAGAUCCUGCUCGAGUGGUGCCGCAGCAAGACACUGGGCUACCAGCACGUGGACCUGCAGAACUUCUCCUCCAGCUGGAGCGAUGGCAUGGCCUUCUGCGCCCUGGUACACUCCUUCUUCCCCGACGCCUUCGACUACAACUCCCUGAGCCCCACGCAGCGGCAGAAGAACUUUGAGCUGGCCUUCACCAUGGCUGAGAAUCUGGCCAACUGUGAACGCCUCAUCGAAGUGGAGGACAUGAUGGUGAUGGGCCGCAAGCCGGACCCCAUGUGUGUCUUCACCUACGUCCAGUCGCUGUACAACCACCUACGUCGCUUUGAGUAAAGCCCCUGAGCCUGGAGUGCCAAAGAGUAGCCCCAGGAAGAAGCCGGGGGUCCGCUUGCGAAUCCCCAGCCAGGAUGCCUCCAGGAGCCUUGCCGUUUGGUGUGAGCGUGCUGUUUGUUCUGUGGCGUGUGACCGCACUCCCCUUCGAGCCCAGCUGUGUUACUGAUUAAAAGUACUGCUGAGCUGUGGUCCGACAGCGCUGAUCACAGCCAAGGGUUCGGAGGAAAAGGAAAAAUUACGAGAGAGAGAGAGAGAGAGAGAGAGACAUUGGUGCUAAGUAAUGAUCUUCCUAAAGAAAUGCUUGCAUUUAUAGAUUCCAGAAUGCUAACGUACGAUUUUCCCUCUGGUGAAUUCGAUACAUCGGCUUUACAGGGUUACAGUGAUUGCCAAGUGUUUUUUUAUCAAAAUACCCAGAGUUUUUUACUUCCUCACGCGAUUGUAGGUUCCUCUCCUCCCUCCCUCUGGGUCACUGCCAGGAAACAGAGAGACCCGCUUAAUCAGCAGCUUGACAAAGAAGACCGCAAGUCUUGGGAAGAAACAGUUUAAUCACUCCCAAGUCCUGGGCAACAGAUGACCUUCAAGUCACCUCUGCUCUCCAGGGAGAUGGGAAGGCUCUUGCCUUGGUCCCAAAGCGCUGCUGUUCUUCCCAGGAGGCCGCACAAGUGUUUGGCUAAGCACAGGCUCUCGGGAAUUUAACACUUUUCGGGAAGGAUAGGCCCUUUGUGCUGAGACAGAGUUUUUAUUACAUCUUUUUUAGGGGAUUUGCUGCAGAGAUUUAUAAAAAGCAGCUCCCUCUGUAUCAGCGACCCAUUUGUACAUAAAAAAGAUGUGUUGAACUUU